AUGCUGCUGAGGAUGGGAUUCAAUGGUACAUGGAAGAAAUGGAUAUAGGAGUGUCUUCAAUCAAGCAUGAUUUCAAUCCUUAUCAAUGGAAGUCCAACCAAGCAAUUCCCUGUCAACAAAGAAUUAAGACAAGGUGAUCCAUUAUCCCCUUUUUUAUUUUUGAUUGUGGCGGAGGGGCUAAAUGGCUUAAUGUCUUCUGCAAUUGAGAAGGAACUAUACAAGGGGGUGUUGAUUGGUAAUGGUGAGGUGAUGGUCACCCUUUUACAAUUUGCGGAUGAUACGAUCUUUUUUAGGGAGGCAUCAGAAGACAAUAUAAGGGUGAUCAAAUGUAUCAUGAGGACUUUCGAGUUGGCCUCAGGUCUGAAAAUUAAUUAUGGGAAGAGUCAGAUAGUGGGGAUUGAAGUGGAGGAAGGUUGGAUUGAGAAAAUGGAGUACAAGCUUUGUUGCAAGGUGGGAGAGUUCCCAAUGAAAUACCUGGGAAUUCCUAUUGGUGCGAAUCAUAGAAAACUAGCAAUGUGGCAACCAUUGGUGGAUUCUUUCAAAAGGAAACUAGCUAGCUGGAAAGGUAUUCUCAAAUCUAUUGAUAAAAUUCACAGAAGUUUCUUAUGGGGAGGGGAGGGAGUAGUGAAAAUAAUUAAUUGGGUUAGCUGGGAGAGGGUUUGUAAGCAAAAAGAACAUGGAGGGCUAGGAGUGAGGGAUUUGAGAAAAUUUAACUUGGCGUUGAUGGGAAAGUGGUGGGGGAGAUUAGCAACAAAUGGAGAAGGCUUGUGGAAGAAAGUUAUUGUUGGGAAAUAUGGGGGGGAGGGGGACAUUGGCUUGAUUGGGAAAGAGAAGGAAUGCUAUCAAAUGGGUAACACUCAAAGCGGCUCAUGGAAAUGGAACCUAUCAUGGAGAAGAAUCCUAUUUCAAUGGGAAGAAGAUGAGGCAAAAGAACUCUACAAGAUGAUAGAGGAGGUGAAGAUCUAUCCAAGAUGUCCAGAUGAAUGGGAAUGGAGGCAUAGUGAGGAUGGCCUUUACUCAACCUCAAUUGCAUACGCGAUAUUAAGAAAAGAAGAAAGGGGACCAGUUGAAACAAAAUUCUUCAAGAGGAGAGGAGUCAUCAAGGAUAUGGGAUAUGGGAAGUGUACUUUGUGUGAGGUUGAGGACGAGAACACUAAUCACUUGUUUUUGAAUUGCAAUGUAGUUAAGUGGAUAUGGGUGGCAUGUGCUAACUGGUGGGGGAUUACCAUCAAUUGAUCAAAUUUGAAACUUAAUUGACAGCCAUUUUAAAAUAUAAUUGAUAGUUAAAUAUAUUUUGUCUAUAUAUAUAUAUAUGAACAUAGAAACAUAUCAACAAUUAUUUUCUCAUCUCAUUUUCUCCUACCUCUCCCCUCCUCCUUCCUUCUCCACAAAUGUUUAACAUCGUUUCCCUUCUCCCUUUGUUCUUAUCUUCUUCUUCUUCUUCUCCCUUUCAUUUUUAUUUUUCUUUCUUCUUUCAUCUUCUCCCUUUCCUUCUACCUUUCUUUUUUUUUUUUGGUACUAACCUCCCAUUAUCCGAUAACCAUAUUGGGUCCCGACUAAUCUUGAAUCAAACUGGGUCAAACCCCAUUAAGUGGAAAGUUCUCCCAAUGCCUAUUUCUCUAUUCACAAAACUUGAACUCAAAACCUUUCUUAAUAGGAACCGACCACCUUCCACUUGGACCAACAGAUCGUUGGUUCCUUCUACCUCUCUAAUUCUUGCAUUUCAUGUCUUCAUCUCUCCCCCUUGUUUCUACUUUUCUUUCAUCAUUCCUUCUACCUUUCCUAUUUUCUUUUUUGGUUGUCAUCCUUCUACUUUUCCAUCAUUUUCUUUCGUUCUUUCAUCUCAAGGUUUUUAUUUUUUAUUUUUUUCAUUUAUUUUUUGUUAUUUUCAUUUAUCAUCCAAUUACUUUUAUUUGAUCUACUAAUGAUUUUUUAUUUUUCUUUUUGCAGAUUAUUAAGCUUAAAAUCAUUUUAUGAGGUAAAUUCACAUUUUGAUUUAUAUUUUUCAUUUCCUUUUACUUGAAUAAAAUCUUAUAAUGUAU